AUGGCAGCAGAAGAAGAGGAAAGGCUAGAAGAUUUUCGAAAUCAAAAUAUAGAAAGGCCUAUAAUGCGAGAUGGGAGCGAUCCAUUUUCAAUCGAAGAUGUACGGUUUGUAGAACUCUUUAGAUUGAAUAAAGACAUGGCUCAAUAUGUUUAUAAUGGAAUUGGACCUAAUAUGGUACAAACAAAUAAUCCUGUCGCUAUUCCCUCCAUAUUAAAGUUCUUCGGAGUUUUGAGAUUCCUUGCGACAGGGGCCUAUCAGAGGGUUAUUGGUUGUGGCUUCGAUAUAUCCAUGUCUCAGCAGAGCAUCUCAAGGGCAGUGGAAGAGGUUACUACAACUAUUACUAAUACAUUCUCCGAACAAUGGAUAAACUUCCCCACGACUGAAGCAUCAAAAAAUAAUAUUAAACAGGGAUUUAUGGCUGCAUUCAAUUUUCCUGGAGUGAUUGGGGCUGUAGACUGCACACAUGUAGAAAUCGUAAGACCAUCAAUGGAGGAGCAUAACUAUCUAAACAGGAAGGGAUACCACUCUAAAAAUAUUCAGUUGAUUUGUGAUCAUCAACUGAAAAUUUUAAAUAUAAAUAUCAGAUAUGCUGGAGCUACGCAUGACGCUUAUAUAUGGAGAAAUUCAAGAGUUAGGGAACAAUUGGAAAGGAAUUACGAAAGAGGUGAAAGAAACAGUUGGUUGUUGGGAGAUUCAGGGUAUCCGCAGGAACCCUGGUUGAUGACCCCUAUUGGAAAUGCCUUGCCAAACACUCCUGAACAUAGAUAUACCCAAGCCCAAAUACGUGCUAGGAAUUCUGUCGAGAGAUGUAUUGGAGUUCUCAAAGGAAGAUUUUUAUGUCUCUCGAAAAUAAUGAGAUAUUCUCCAGAGAAAGUUGGGAAUAUUUUUAAUGACUGUGGGAUUUUACAUAACAUAUGUUUAAAUGGUGUGUUAGAUUUUGACCUACCAUUACCUCCUCCUGCUGAUGAUCCUGAUAACAAUGUUUUUAAUAAUAGAGGAGAUGGACAUAUCAGUAGGCAAAAUCUUAUACAAAGAUAUUUUACUUAG